GUUUAUUCGGCUGUGCGUGAGCCAUUUUGUGGCGAACUCUGGGGGGGGUUGUAACUUGAUGUUUAGUGCCUGUACUUACGUGCGAUGGGCGUGUGCCAACGUCUCGGAGUGCGUUUUCUUGGGUUUGCAGAGAGGUUCCGACUGUUCUUCGGGUUCGCCAGCAAGCGUCGCACGUCCGUGCAGCUGCGUCCGGGGGCGCCACUGCUCUCGUCGGCGCCGAGCCCCCCCCAGCUAAAAGGAGCAGACACGAAGGACAUCCCACAGGAAUGGGACAGACUGAGGAAGCGUCCCAUGGCCCAGAAUCCCCACUACUGGAUGGAGGCCAAGAAACGCUUCCGGGCUGCCCUGGGUAAAGUCACGUUUGGGUGGACGCAGCCCCGCUGCAAGGCCAGGGGGGCGAGCUCAAGAAUGUCAAGGUGCGCAAGAUCAAGUGGACCAGAGGUGCACUCAAAGAUGUUCCCGUACUCCUGCUCGAGCUGCAGCGUGAAGACCCGUCUGCUGCUACAGCUAUGGCACCACGAGCUUCGGCGCCUGGCGCAGCGGCUCUGCAGGUGCCACCGGUGUGGCCUCAUGUGCCAUGUGCGCGAGAACCUCCGCUACCACCUGGCCAAGGCCCACGGCCAGAACCACGUGCCGGCACCCGACCCCGACCGAAAGCUGGUCCCCGUGUGCACCGGGGAGUUUGGCUGGCCGGCCGCGCCCAAGCCGAAAGCAGGCCGAGCCAAGCCGACCGGCGGCCAAAAGUCUGGCGUCCGCAAGCCGAAGCCGACCGAGGCCAAUGGCCACUCCGUGAACUACACUGCUGCACUUACUGGUUCCGUAGAGUCUCGGAAGGGCCACUGGUGCCAUCUCGCAGGGCCUUCUUGCAGUAGCUACGUAAGGCAACUUUCAUGUUUUGACUCGUUGCUAAAGAGUGGCACUGUUAUCAUAUUUAGUUUGGUCUCGGUGGACGCCAGCAGUCCAGGUUCCAAGGUUGAGUUUCCUAGCUGAGUGUUUUAGUAACGUUGGUUUUUGGUGGCAUAGCAAAUGUUAGGUCAACAAAACGGAUCUUGCCCUGCAUGUUAGGGUCAGAUAUUAGUUACUGUUCACCUGAUGGACUCCUUUCUCUGCAUUCAUCAUAGGUUUCAAAUCGUCCUGAGUCAUGGGCCAAGCCUUUCAAGACUGCACCCUUAGGCCCAGUCCUUUUUGGUGGAUCGGAUCUUGCCAUCUUCCCCUAUCGUGGCUUCCUGUUGUAAUUAAAUAAAUUGGCAUAUUAUUUUCUGAUGGUG